UAUAUGUAUUCAUUAUAAAUGUUAUUUGAUAUAACACUGUCAAACUAUAAAUAUUGUAAAUGAGUUCCGCGUGCACGUUUCUCCGAAUCGCAAUAUCAAUUCAUUGAAAAAAAGUUGGCGAGCUUUCUAUCGCGAACUUGCUGUUAUUUAGUAUUCUUAAAUAAUUAUUAAAUAGCAAUCAUAUUUUAACGAUGCAUUCGAGAUCUGUGUUUCUCAAUUUCUAAAUUCAAAUAGAGAACAAACAAUAAUUAGAGGAAAGCUGAUUAUCGUUUUAAAACAGUAACUCGGAUUUUCAUUUUCUAACUUUGAUAAAUCGAAUUCUGUCUAUGAUCGAAGCGACAGCUGUCGUGUUUUUCAGUGUGAAUCUGUGAAAAUCGAGAAGAAAAAUUGAAAGGAGCGGCUUCACAUUCUCGGACCGAUCGUGAGAUUUACGAGCGAAUUGUCACAUGCUCCGAGAAACGAUAACGAGAUAUUCUCGUCAUAAGCAGCACGAGAGCAAGUCGGCAGAUAAGAACUGCCAGUAGUGGUAGGGUCAGGUCCUGUGGUUGUGGCGGCAAUUCCUCGUACGAUUUGUGUUUCUGUAGAACGAUAAUGGUGAUGGUUUAUUGAUAGUGUUGGCAGAGGCGACAGAGGCAAUAGCGACGGCAGUGAUUGUUAUUGAAGAGUCUAUAUAAAUCCUGGGUUACUGCUCUCCGUUAUUUCGUGUUUCGUGAAGAUUCCGUGAGGCUCUGCCGAGCUUCCCCGCGGAAGGCUGCAAAACUGGUAGUCAAUCGCGAAUACGUGGGGAUGUUAUGUGAUCAAAUUACUUGGAAGGAUGCACGUCAAAAGCAGCACGAGGAUCUGAGCGCGUGGUUGAGUUUGGAUGAGGUAGCGAGUUACGAGGAAGAUGCGCGCUUGAAGACCGAGGAGCCAGAGGAGGAGGACGAGAAAGAGAGUGAAGAUCGGAGUUCCGGAAUGUCUACGGUGUCGAUCAAUAAAUUGCAAGUUCUAUGGGACCACUUUAUCCACGCCGAACCCCAAAGUUACGAGAAAUCAUCCUGGCUAGAUAUAUUUCUGGCGGAAUUACUGGCGCAGAUUAAAGAAGGCAAAGACGUAAAAGAUGUUCUGUCUUGUUGUUCGGUUGGCGUUGGCGGCGUAUCGACCCUCGUGGCCUGCGAAUUACUUUCGGAUGUGCACGAAUUGUGCGGAAAUAGAAAUGACGGUGGCGAGCUGAUCGGUCUGCGAAAAUACCUGGUUCAGGAUCGUGGCUGGCGUUACCUAGCAGUGCUGCACAUAUUAGGCGUACGCGGUCUGUCUUGUGGUCGCGAAUUGGUUGCGCUGUUGGUCGCUCUCUAUCAAGUUGCGUUUCAAGAAGGAGCCGACUCGAGAGCUAAUCCGACCGCUGUACCGCAAAAGUCCGACAGCGAGUCAGCCGUCGUCGAGUCACCGGCACGCAAUCAAUAUGUGAGAUUUCACUGUAACGAUGAUACCGUCGAUACAGUGAACAUCGUGCUGCACGCGAAACGCAAGAGCGUUAAGACUUCCGGCCGCAAGGGUUUCUCCCAUGACAGCGAUACACCUUCGCGCAGGAGAUUUGUUCGUCGACAUGUCAUCGGCGCUACAAAGAUCCAUCAAUUCGCUACUCACAAGCCGAAGAAACCGUCGUCGAUUCUGAAAACGCGACGCAGUACGCCGAAGGACGAGACGAGCAGCGAGUUUGAACUAUCGACGGACGGCAUCGAUCCGGCGCGUUCUCUCACGCUGAAGAUUCGCUUGAAUCCGAUGGAUUUCGAGUACUUCACCUCGGUUGUUAGAAGCGAUGAGGAGCACAAGUGGCAGGCUGAAUUGUAUGAGCUGCCAUCGCGUCCUGUGAGAAAAACACCGCGUGAUUACAUCGAUGAGAGAAUUCAGGAUGUGCUGGACGCCAAGAUUAGCAAUUUCGAGAUCAGCUUGCUGAUCAUACAGUUGCUGCAAGGCUUGCGUGAUUAUGACACACCUGCUGAGCAAACGCCGGCCGUGCAGGUUCUGAAAUUUGCUCUGGAUACACUGUGGUCCUUACAAUUCGGCAUAGACGGUAAUAGUCUUAAUGGUACAGAAAGUGCGACUCUAAAGGCGGCAGCUGCUAGAUUGAUGUUGACAGCUCUGGAACGUGCUUUAAGGGCCGAUGAACCUACCACAGCGGUAAUUCACAAUGGUUUGCUUCCAAUGACUCUGAGAUUGUUGGAGAAUGCCUGCAGCAAGCCAGUGAACAUAUUAGAGCCGGAGGAAGGUUCGCUAUUGCAAGAAUUUAUCUUCGCUACCAUCUACGGGAUCGUUACGUUCCUUUAUUGCCUGUUGCAUCAACGUAGCAGCAAUGUUGACAAACUGUCGGAUUUUCUUGAGCUGUUUCGGCUUUUCGUCGAGAGCCAGGAUGGCAGACUCGUCGAAAGAACGGUAUUUGCGAUCGUCGAUCUGCCCAGUAUUGAUCCGGUGAAGUCGAUAGUGCGCGCCAAGAAGAUAAUCGACAUGAUCGGCGCGCUGACCAGUGGAUUGAAGCGCAUUCGUCGUGAUCUCUCGCAUGCCACGCAGUGCCAUAGGACCAAGCAUAAAUCUUGCAUCGAUCAUGUUCAGAGUCAUCAUCACUCGGAUGUGCUCGGAGCGCCGUACUCCCAGUCGAUUGUCGGCGUAGCCGACAAACAAGUGUGCUGCAUUUCCUCGUUAUUUGCGACGCUUACGAGUCUAUUAAAGGAGUCUCAUCUGUUCGCGAGCGAGCUGCAAGUGAGGCUGAUCGGGAUAAUUACCGCCGCGGGUACGUGUUGCUGUUUUCCUCCGAAGACACUCGUCUCGAGUGUUGUCGCCUGUCUUAAAAAGCGCGACUCCUCGACGUAUGCGUCAGCCGUGGCGUUCUUGGAGCGUACUCUCUUCAGAGAGCUGGGUGCUUGUCCAGUUACGGACGCAUGUAACACUUGCGAUAGACCAGUGAAUUACUCGUGGGACUUUCUGGAGUUGUACAUCGAUCUGCUGUGCCCUGAUGAUCCCAAGCUCUGUUACGUCAUUAUGGCGCAUCUAAUGAAAGUCACACCCGGUUCUCGAUUUCAGGUCAGAGAACAACUCCUUCUUAGAGUCUUCUAUCCGACUUUUCUCCGCGCCAAAGCAUGUUACAUGACUGACAAAGGCAAUAUAACGGCGAAGUUCCUCUUGCAAUCCUGCAUAUCCAUUAUAUCCUGUUUAAUUGUAAAUUUGAAGAUGUGCGAGAAAUUCAUGGAGAUAAACGGAUUACGCGAGAUACUGCCUUUAAUAAUGGAUACAGCAUUCAUUAGGAGCGUUUAUGCUCUUCUGGAAGUCACCGUAACUGUAGAGAUCCGGAGGAUUUCCGAGGACGAUACAGAAAGUACGCCGGCGAUGAAUUUCCUCUUUGAAACUCUUGACAGAGAAACGAACGAGUUGUACCUCAGCUUGCAAUGUUCCAAAGAACUGAGCGUAGGAGAGGAGGCGAGCCAACAAGGCGAAAAGGAUGUGCUUGAUGUGCAUUCCGACAAUCAGGGAAUUGAAUUAUCUCUUGAAGAUUUAAAAACAGAGACGGCAAUUGAAAAUCUCAAGGAUACAACUCUGUCGCAACUGCCUGAACAUGAUAUUAAUCGUGAACAAUUAGAGAAUAGGACUGAUAUGAUAGAUAUAGCAAUUUCGAAUUCUCUUGAGAAGCUUCAGUCUCUUCAAUACGACGACGCAGACGUGUGGUACGAUAAAAUUAGCCUGUAUCAAACCAGUGCAGCAUGGAGAGCUGCUGCAGGCGUAGCAUUGUGCAGCCCGAAAUUCCGUACUGAAUUAUCGAUACAUCCAGUAUCCAGAAAAUUAUUGCAUUUGUUCAAAUUAUUAACCGUGAGCAUCGCUACAGAUAGUGUUGAAGAUAAAUCGGCGCAUAAACUCUUCGAGGCCCUGAUUACGUGUUGUCUGAUAUCUCCGUUGUAUAAUUGUGACAUAGUAAUGGAAUUACGAAAAAUACUGAUGAAUACCGGGAUAACGCUUGGUCGUGGAAUAUCUGUGAUAGUGGAUGCGGUAUUAAAGGUCUCUAUGCUGAAGCCAGCGCUGGAAAAUAGCAUACAGCAACAACCACGUCCUAGAUUACCAACUAUGUCGUUGGAGACUCUUCCGGAUUACGGUGCGGAAGAUAGCAGUACUGGUGAAUAUGUAACUGCCGAUGAUGGAUAUGACGCAGAUACCGAAGUGCCUGGAGGAAGUCCUAAUAGCAGCGUCUCCAAGAAUAGCAGUAGUCCUCUUGGACCUGUGAUAGAACCGAGAAGUCAUGCCAAUGCACAUCCUGCUUUAUGUUCCUUGGCAAUAGAUCUUUUAAUUCAUUUCAGUGAACAGGGUUUAGAUUUAGAGAAAGGAUCAAUAAUAACUAGUGGAUUGCGAAGAAUCGCUGUUACCUGCCGAGAAAGCGCAUCAAGUUGUGCUUCUCUCGCGGCCUCGGGAACUAUUAUGAAGAUAUUAAAUGGCUUUAAGAAUAUAUUUACAGAUAACGAUCCGCGAUAUCGAGAGUUACAGCAUGCGGCAUUGGAAGUUUUUACAUUAUUAGCAACUCAAUCAAUUUUACCGGCGGAACUAGUUGCAUAUCUAUCGUAUUUUAAAGUGAAAAAAUCGCCGCUAUUGCCAUUACUGGAACCUUUGUAUCACUUGGUAUUAACCGCGCGACCUCAACCGUAUUUCAUUCUAUCGUUCCCCGUUCACUAUGACACGAAAUCAUCACUGAAGAAUCAAAGGGAAGAAUUUAAAAAUUUAGAAAAGGCUGAAAAUCUCGUAAACAAUUUCAGAAAAAAGCAUCUCGCUGCAGGGAUUUGCAGUCCAUGGUCCGUACAUGCAACGUGCUUACCGGUCGGACCUGAACUUGCUUGGUCAGUGUGGUUGCACGGUUGCUCAGCUUCCAUGUGGUUAAGGAUAGAAAGAGGAUUACCAAUCGGUGGUCGCGCAACAGUUCACAAUACUUCGCCGUUACUCGAUUCGGACAGUGAGAGUCUGUCAGACUGGGGUAUUCUUUCUGACAACUGGAAUCAGGAAGUUAUAGCAGGUUCUGGAUCCCUACCUACACCAACCUCAAUAGUACAUUUGAUGUCUAUCGGGUUCGAGUCGUUGGUUUUGGAAACCUGGCUUGAUCUUAAAUCAGAUAAAUUAAUUUUACGACUUACUCGUCCGGAUGAUAAAAUGAACCGAACGGUCUCUGAAACUUCCAUAAACGGCAUGCUUCCUUCAGGAUGCUGGCAUCACUUGACUUUAAACAUUAAAGAUACUGUCUUGAAUAAACGUAGUGCAGUAGUCGAAGUUACGCUUUGGAUGGAUGGUUGGAGAGAAGUCAAUGCUCAAUUACCAUUUGACGGUUUACUAGUGAGAAAGCCUGGUACUACGUGUAUUUUAUUAGGUCAAAUUGGAUCAAACAGUAUUGGCGCAUGGUACUUCGGAAAUUUAAUGAUUUUUAGGUGUCCAGUAUUUACAAAAGAGCGUGCAUUGUAUUUGGCAGGUCUCGGACCAAAUUAUACCAAUUUGGCAGAUUGUAUUUUAAAUACAGUGAAACCUGACUUUGCACCUCUCAUCGCAUCUGGUGCAUUGGAUGGUAUUCGUGAAGUGAAAUACGAAGGAGGUAAAUUUGAUUUAAGUCGGCGGAAAUCUUAUGGUGGCACUUACUUGAGGCAUGCCGUUGAGACAGUAAUAUCAGAAUCGAAAAUCGAUUGGGAUGCUGUUAUGGACGCAACAAAUUCGCAACUUAGCGAGCUGCAAGAUAAUUUACUUCUCAGUUACGAGGCUCAAAAUCCCAAUGUUGUACACUUGUAUCCCCAACCUAUUGCUAAUCCUGCUGUCGUUGUGAGAAGCAUUUUUCCGAGCCAACCAGGUUUUAGAGUUGUUUCGAUUCCAGAGCACAGAAUAUCGCAGCAACCGCCUCUUUCGAUACCUUCAAUUAUGUCCACUCGUUUAGAGACCCAGCAAUAUCGAGGCCUUGUACCUGCAGCGAUCUUAGUGGGUGGUGUACCGAUAUUUUUAUAUCUUUUUGCACGGGUCGUAGAAUUAAAUUCUACCGAAGAAGAACAAGCUCUGGCUCUGUCCAUAGUUUUGCAUCUUGUUCGCAGUGAUUCAGAACUUUUGAAUCAAUAUCGAUCAGACGGUGGGACGUCAUUAAUUCUUCAUGUUCUAAAAUCAUCUAGAUGUCACGCGGGUAGACACAUUUUGAAGGCGAUAUUGGAUGCCGCAUGUGACAAUUCGAUCAUCAUCAAAGAUAUCGGCAGCGGUAACCACUCAAUCUCUCAAAAUUGCGAGGCUGUUAUCACAGAACCGGAACUGAUUAAGGGUGCACUUGCUACGUGGAGAGCAUGGGUGAAAUAUGAUACAUUAAACUUACUGUUGCAAGCAUUAUUACUUUUACUGCGAGAUCAACAUUCACAUCGCGAAUUCAAUGCAUCGCAACUAAAUAGGGUCGGAAUUGUGGAUACAAUUCUUACAUUGUGUAAGGAACAUUUUAUGUACGAAAUGCACGAGGAGGAAAGUACCGUAUUGGAUUCAAAUACCGGAAUCGCUAUUGUGGAAUUAAUGCGUGCCUUAAUGGGUGCACCGCCCGAGUUUGCUCACUUAGUCGCCAUUACUGAUUACUUGGUUCUCGUUCAUCAAGCCUCGGAGACUUAUGUCACUCAUUCGCGACAUAAUAUUUAUUUUAUGUUGCCACAACUUAAGGAGAACAAUACAAGUUCGAAAAGGAGUAAUAUCGUCAUUUCUGAUGACUCUCUAGUGGAGAACAGCAAGCUAAAUAAGGGAUUGACAAACGAACAGAUUCAAAAAACGCGAAGUCCUAAAAAGAAGGACCGUAAAAAUGUAUUGUCACCAGAUAAUAGUACCGGAGAAGAUUCUGGAAUUGCAGGCAGUGACGGAUCCAAUCUUCAAAGCAAUGAUAGACAAUCAACGUAUGCGGAUGAAAGAAAAGCCUGUCAAGGAUUAGUCUGUGAAGGAUUGCUAUUAUUAUUACGAGAUGCUGUAAGAGUCCUACCAGAUUGUCAAGUUGGAUUAGUGUUAAAACAUGUUUUGAGAGCUGAAUUACUAUUGGUUCUAGCUAACGAUCCUGAUAAUCGUGUACGCACAGCAUUGAUUAAGGUGAUACAAACUUAUCUACAACGAGCUAGCGAUGAGGAAGUUAAUAAGUUUAUAAAACAAAAGUAUUUCAUGCAUCUAGGAAAUCAGAUAGCCUUAUAUCCUGGAAGCGAAUCGCUGGUUGUUGCUUUAGAAAAUUUAGCUCUACGAGGUCCGAUAUUAGCGGCAAUGCCACCAUUAAUGGCGAUGAUUGCAAAAGCCGCUGGCUCUGACUCGAAUGUCAUCAGGCCGAUAAUAUCGUUUAUCACUGACAUAAUAGCAAAGAACACAAAUGCACUGAGAGUGCUUCUGGAGCAAGGUUUAAUUGAAUCAUUGGCACAAGCUUUGGUCGCGGCUGCGCAUAAUCCGAUGUCCCUUCACCGAGACAUUCAUGUACUGCUCGUAACAAUCGCGACUAAGCUUUUAGAAUUACCGGGAAACCAUCAGAUGCAAGCGGUAUUAGAUUUACAUAUGAUACUCGAUUAUAUGGAAUUAUCAGAGAAAUUACGAUGCCGCGCGAGUUUAAUUCGUGCGGCCAUAAGGGACGCACAAGUCGCACUAUUCGAUGGAGAACUGGAUGCACUCACAUCUAAAAUGUCAAAUCCUUCGGGAUUCCGUCUACGUAGCACGGCUUCCUACUUAGCUUCAGCAUCAUACUUUACUUCAGUUCUUACAACAUCUAGUGAACAAAGCGAUCACGGGUCCCGUUCAUCUAGUUACGCGAACUUUCAUUCCACGAAUUUGUCUCCGAUAGUACGCGAAUCUAGUAAAGGAGAACUGAAUGAUCGUUUUCGUGUCAUUGUAACACGCGCCGUUGACUUUAUAAUGUCUAAUACAUCGCCAUCUGUCAACGAAUUGCAACUAACGAGAAGAUUAUUUUCCACCUUACUGCAUGGUCUGUGCUGUCCAUUAGAGAAAAAGAAUCACUGGAGCAACACAUGGUCCAUCAGAUCGGUUUUGAGAAAAUAUACAGCGAGAAUUAUGGUAUGGCUACUGGAGCCGCAUCAGAGUAUCAAUACAAGGGUAUACGCCAUCAGAUCUCUGAUGGAAGAACCGAAAGCUCGCGAAAUCUUGUCAUGCAUUUUGGAAGUUCAUACUAGAAUCGGCAAGAGAUUCGAUACGUUGGCGAAGCAGUUAACUGAAAGCGCCAUGAUUAUAACACGUUCAGUUGUAGAAGAGCAAAAUCGCGAACGUAAGGUAUUGAUGGAACAGUUGAAACACACACGAGCAUUAGAGGCUCAGGCAGUGGCCAGAUGGAGAGACAUAGCCAAGCGACUAACACACGAACGGGCGCCAUGGCACUUUCCCGAAAGCUACCCAAGAAAUUGGGAAUUGGAUCCAACUGAAGGCCCUGCGAGAGUCAGAAUAAAACUUCAGAGAUGUCACUUGAAUAUCGACAAAAGAUUCUUUUUGCCUGAAUAUCAAGAUAAAUUAGCGUCUUCCAAUAUCGAAAUGCCAUUAUCAUAUUUAUUUACGAGUGCUCGUGAGGAUGCCAAUGCCGCUGCUCUGAUCGAACGGUUGCAUACGAGUGAAAAAAUACGUAAAAUGUCUCAGGCAAAAGUUGUCACACCUAGGGCUGAAUUAGCCGGAGAAGUUCUCAUCGGCGAGACGUGCGUGUAUUUCGUUCCGGACAACCCCGAUAUGCCGUUACAUACGGACAUAGCAUUGGGUGGUUUCGAUUUGGCUGUGGCUGGUGGCACUGCUUGGCGUCUUGAGGAUAUUCGAGAAUUGCACAGAAGAAGAUAUCAAUUGCAAGAGAGAGCUAUUGAAAUCUUUCUUAUUACUGGCAGAACAUAUUUGCUGGCAUUCAAUUCAUCCAAAGAAAGAGACGAAUUUGCGACAGAGCUAUCCGCUUGCAAUUUACCUAGGCGAAUUCCCGGCGAUGAUUUGGGGGAAGCUUUAGCUUUGUGGAGGAAUGGCGCACUCACCAAUUGGGAAUACAUAACUUGCUUGAACAAAUUGGCAGGACGUUCAUAUAAUGACUUAAUGCAAUAUCCCGUGUUCCCAUUUGUUUUGGCAGAUUACGUCAGUGAGAAGAUCGACUUAAACAAUCCAAAAAUUUAUCGAAAUUUUGAACGACCGAUGGCUGUGCAAGAUAAAAAGAAUGAACAACAUUACAUAAAUAAUUAUAAUUACUUGAAACAAACCUUAACAGAAGGAUUAAACCUAAUUGCCUUAAAUCAAGGACCAUUCCAUUAUGGCUCUCAUUAUAGUAAUUCUGGAACUGUAUUACAUUUUUUGGUACGGCUUCCACCGUUUACUAGCAUGUUCCUUUGUUAUCAAGAUAAUAAUUUUGAUAUUCCUGAUCGAACAUUCCAUGCAUUAGCUACCACAUGGAGAUUAACUAGUUGCGAUUCAACGACAGACGUAAAGGAAUUAAUACCGGAAUUUUUCUAUUUACCUGAAUUUUUAUUAAAUUUUGAAGGAUUUAAUUUCGGUGUUCGACAAAAUGGUAACAAAGUUGGAGAUGUAGAAUUACCGAAAUGGUGCGGCGGCGACGCGCGUUUGUUCAUAUUGGCACACAGAGCCGCGCUAGAAUCUGAUAUCGUAAGGGAGGUAUUGCCAUAUUGGAUCGAUCUCGUCUUUGGAUUCAGACAGACAGGAAGACCGGCAAUAGAAGCUAUAAAUGUUUUUCAUCCCGCAACUUAUUAUGGAUUCGAUGUAGAACAGAUAACCGAUCCUUUAGAACGUCAAGCUUGGGAAACCAUGGUACGAACUUAUGGUCAAACACCGGCGCAAUUAUUCAGAGCUCCCCAUCCGUUGAUUCAAAAUCUCGGCAAUAUAGCAAUGUCCAGUCAGACACCACAGGUCAUUGAAGGAAUCAAUGGUAUUAAAUGGGGAAAUUAUGUAGGCGCACCUGGUAAUGAGUCUAUUUUAUGUUGGAAACUUAAACAUAAAACUCCAUUAGCUUCUCUCGUUCCUUUGGCAACUGGUGACGUUUUUGGUUUGCCUAAUUAUACCACGCUUCUCCUGGGUUAUACCAAAGAAAAAGGUAGCAGCAUGUUAAAUGGCAUGUCUGUAUUGGGUGCCGCAUUAGCGUCAUGGAAUAGCACAGAUGGAAUUGCUAGAUUAAAGUUUAAGAAGGAACAGCCGCCAAGGCCUUUAAUUAAAUCUUCAGGCCUCGAUCCCAUUACGACAUUGGCAUCUACUCCCGAUUGCGGACAACUUUGGAUUGGACAUUUAUCAGGCAGAAUUACAGUAUAUGCAUAUACUGUGGGAUCUUCGGGUAAAAUUGAAUUCAGUUUAGCAUCCGCGACAGUACUUUUGGCUCAUAGAAGUCGAGUAAUGGUGAUAUCUCUGUCACGUACGUUUAGCAUCGCUUGUUCCGGUGAUGGCAACGGUAUCAUUGUUAUUUGGGAUUUAAAUAGCUUAACAUAUGUGAGGUCGAUAGUCUGCAAUCAGGUUUACGCGAUACAACUUCUAUGUAUCAGUGAGACACUCGGAGAUAUAGCGGCUACUUACAAUAUUCUUAGAUCAGAGGACAAUUCAGCCAACAAUCAAUCCGAGUUGAUAGUACAUACUAUAAACGCAAGGGCUGUCGGCUCAAUUUUAUCCAAAAGACGCGUAACGGCACUUUGUUACAGCAACGCACCGGAGGGUAUAUCUGUCAAUGUCAUCGCGACUGGUUUAGACAACGGAAUAAUAAGAUUGUGGAGCAGUUGGGAUCUGCAGUUAGUUAGAGAAAUUCCAAAUAACUUGAGAGAUUGCGGCGCGAUAAUCGCUGUAGUGUGGCCACUGGAUCAACAUCAUUUGUAUGCGGUUACAGAAGACUUCACCGUUCUCAUUUGGGAAGGAUCUAAGCGUCUUAGCAACGGUACUCCGAAAUUCGUCAACUUAACGUCGUAUUGAUCUGUGAAACUAUUAUCCGAAUAAUUUAAGAACAAUUCGAAGAAAAAUGGAAUAUCAAUUGGUAGAACAACUUAUAUUUUCAGAACCUUAUAGGGGGCAUAAACAUGAUAUUAUUUUCUACAUGUCAGUUGUAAUGUUUAUACUGACUUGCUCCCUUCUUCUAUCAUUUGUUAGUAUUCUUACUUCUUUUUAUUUUUAGUAGUUAUUUUUCCAUUCUGCGUUAUUAUUUAAGGAUUAAUACGUUUAUUACUAUAAUCAUGCUCGAAUCUUUUUUUUUACAAUUACAAUCAUGACAUGUAUUGAAGAAACGAUGAACAAUGCGAUGAAGUAUUAUUUUUAUCGACUCUUCCGAUAUAAUAAUAGUGAUUAUAUAUUUCGACUUAUAUUUUUUUAUAUAUGCUUUUAUAUUGGAUCAUAUUCAUAUAGAUUAUGUGUCUUAUUUCAUAAUGUAAUUUAUAUACAUAAAUUUUUAUAGAAUAAUACAGCGACAAGACACAUUUACACGAACUAUUCGUUUUUCUCAUGGUUGCAUUCCUCAUGCCUCAUAUCUCUGUACGAAUGUAUGUAUAUAUGUAUAUGUAUACCAAAUAAAUCUUUAUUGCAAUAAAACAUACUGAAUCUUAUUUAUCCAGCAUAAUUGCUUACCUUAAA